AUGGCAAGUCCAAAUACUACACAACCAGAAAUAACUUUAAGUGAAGAAAGGAAAGCUAGCUUAACAACUCAAUCGACUACUAAUAACACCAACGAUGGAAACAUUUCAGAAGAACAAAAAACAAUAGCAUCAGAACAACAACCAAUACCUGUUUCUAAUACACAAGGAACAGCAGAAAGUUUGAUAGAAAAUAUUAAAAAAACAGAUUUAUCUAAUAAGGAUGAAAAUACAAACAUAAAUACAAACAUAACUACAAAUAUAACUACAAAUAUAAAUACAAAUACAAAUGCAGAUACAAAUGCAAAUACAAAUACAACUACAACCAUAAAUGCAGAUACAAAUGUAGAUACAAAUACAACUACAACCAUAAGUGCAAAUAUAAAUACCAGUGCAAAAACACAAGAUACAAGAUUUCAAUAUAAUGGUGAUGUGUCAAAAGCAUUUUUAUCCCCUCCAGUUUUUCAUCUUACAGAAAUUAUGCAUGAUGAAAGAUGUUUUAAAAAAACAAAAGGACAUGUGACUGUUGAAAUAAAUGGAGAUAUUUGUAUAUAUGGUGGUAUGUUACAUGACAAAUGUAUUGAGAAUUUUAUAAGAUAUGUUCCUGGUAUUAAUUUAUUUGAAAAAAUGCGUUUAAAUUCAAAUGAUAUUGUCCCUAGGGCAUUUUGUUCAGGUAAUGUUAUAACAGAAGAUAAUAAAAAAUAUAUUAUAAUAUUUGGAGGUAUUAAUGAAAAAGAUGAAAUUAUUGAUGAAACAUAUAAAUUUGAUUUUCAAGCAAAGAAAUGGGAACUUAUUGGAAAUAAACUUUGCCCACGUGCAAGAUAUAAACAUGCUUCUUUCAGUUUUAAUGAUUUUUUAUAUAUUCAUGGAGGAUUAGAUGUUAAUAAUUCAUUAUUAGCUGAUAUGUGGUGCUUCUCUAAAAAUUCAUGGAGACCAAUUAAACAAAUUGAUAGAAUUCCUGAACCAAGAUAUGCUCACAGUUUAAUAUUUUCUGUCUAUGGAAAUGCUAAAUUGGUCUUUUUAUUUGGAGGAAAUAAAAAGGGAUAUAAUGCAGCCUUAGGUGAUACUUGGAUUUUUAAUAUUAAUACAAACAGAUGGAAAGAAAUUACCAAUUCUUCAGGAUCAAAACCUUGUGCUCGUUGGGGCCAUUCUUCUCAGCUUUUUGAUAACGAAUGGAUGAUAAUAUAUGGUGGUAUAACUAAUGGCUGGAUUGACAAUUAUGCUUUAUCAGAUAUGUACGCAUUAAACAUAUUCACGUUUUCAUGGUUUGAAGUUGAUAUAAGUACAUCAAAGAAUUUUGAUAGAGGAUAUUAUGGUUCCUUAUGUUUCCUUCCAUAUAAAAAAUCCUUGUUUGUUUUUGGAGGUACAGAUAAUUCAGAUGAUUAUUCAGAUGUAUUUAGUAUGUCACCACUUGUAACGUAUGUAUCUUAUAAAACGUUGACAGGAAAGAUAGAACAAUUAAAUACGAGAAUGAAAAAUAUUAAUGAAACAUCCUCUGAGAACGAAAAUCUUAAUAUAUCAGAAUUUGAAACAAAAAUUACAGAAUUGAAAGAAGAUAUAAAUAAAAUAACUUUUAUGAUGAAAGCCUUUGAGGCCAAAUUUUGUGAAUUGGAAAAAUUAAAUGAACAAUGCGAAAAACUCCUUUCAAAAAAUAUAAAUAUAGAAGAAUUACAAAAACUUGAACAACGAAUAAGAAAAUUGGAAUCUUCAAAUGUUUUAAUGAAACAUGAUAGUAUAUAA